GUCACAAUAACAGAACAUAAUAGUUUCAAGAGAAGUAGGUAGAAGAACUGUUCUGUGUCAACUGUGUUCUUGAGCAUAAAGCAUAAGUUGCAAUUUUUAAUAAUUUAUGUCUUGGAACAGAGGAAACAUUUCGAGUGAAGACGAUAGCAUGCCUUUCUUGCCGUCUGAAAAGCCGUUCAAGAAAAGGCUAGUGUCCAAAGAUGGGGAAAUUAUGUUUGAAGUUAGGAAUGUUAACGAGAAAUGGCGUUUUCUGGUUGAUUCUUUUACAUCUUUAAUGGCGUGGAGAUGGCGUUGGGUUUUACUCCUAUUCUGUGCAUCGUAUGUUUUAUCAUGGCUGAUAUUCGGUUGUCUUUGGAGUUUUCUUGUCGUUGGUUAUGGUCCUGGUUAUUGCGUAAAAGAGGUUAACGACUUCACAAGUGCAUUUUAUUUCUCCGUUGAAACUCAACAAACAAUCGGCUAUGGAGGUCGAAUGAUAACAACAAAAUGUGUUUUAGGCGGCAUUCUUCUUCAGCUGCAAUCUCUCGUUGGCAAUCUUAUUGAGUGUGUAACUUUGGGAGUGAUUUUUGCCAAGAUAAUUCGACCAAUUAAACGUGCGAAGACGGUUAUAUUUUCAAAGAAUAUGGUUGUUUGCGAACGGAAAAACAAGUUGUGUCUUAUGUUUCGACUGACAGACUUGCGAGAAAGCCAACUUGUUGAGUCACAUGUGAGAUUACAAUUAUUCAGCACAGUAGAAGAUAAUGGUAAAAAUUAUCAAUUUCAUCAACAAGACUUGGAUGUGAAAUAUGAUUGGAAUUCUAAUGUUGAAAAGCAAGAUCAAUUGUUUUUAUUGAUCCCUCUUACAAUAUUGCAUGUUAUCGAUGAGAACAGUCCAUUUUAUGAUUUAACUCCAGAGGAACUACAACAAUCAAAAUUUGAAAUAGUUGCUGUUCUUGAUGGGGUUGUGGAGUCUACAGGAAUGAACACCCAAGCGAAGACAUCAUAUCUUGCUGAUGAGAUCAAAUGGGGAUACGAUUUUGUGAACAUAAUGUCAAAGAAAUGUUUUGAUGACAAGACAGGAAAGUUCUGGGUGAAUUUUGAGCAACUUGAUGCAGUUGUACCUGUAAAUCUGCCCAAAUUAUCAGCUCGAGAGCAAAACAAUGCUGCUUUUCAAUAAGCAUGUAAAUAUGUAGCUAUGUUAAUACAGUUCUUUCUCAACAUGAGGUAAAA